AUGCCUUCAGUUAAGCGCAGUCGUAUGGAAGACGUCCAUGAAGAUGGUGAUGCAAAUAUCAUUGGUGGUCACCCCAGCGCCCGAUCGAGACUGUUGGAGCCCUUGGUCUAUUCCGGAUCCUUGGACAGCUUCAGACACCAAGACUUGACCCCAGUCAUUGGAAGAGAGUUCGAAGGUCUCCAAGUGACUGACCUGCUUCGAUGGGGCGAUGCUAUGAUCAAAGAUUUGGCAAUAACGGUCUCACAACGUGGCGUUGUCUUUCUGCGGGAUCAAGAUGUUACGCCGACUCAGAUGAAAGACUUGAUGCUGCGGAUCACCGAACUAUCUGGCUGUCCUUCUUCCUCAAGUUUACACGUACAUCCUCUUACCGAAGAGGGAUCAGAGCUCGGCGACCAGAUCUCAGUUAUAAGUAGCGAGAAGCAAAAGAAAGGUGGCGGUCUCACUCACCAACUCUCGGACGUAUCUCGCUUUGCAUCUGCGGGCUGGCAUAGCGACAUAACAUUCGAGCCGGUACCAUCGGACUAUGCGAUGCUGAAGAUCCACACUUUACCCGCAACAGGCGGUGAUACGCUCUGGGCUUCCGGCUAUGAAAUCUACGAUCGUCUCUCUCCUGCUAUGCGUACGUUUUUGGAGGGCCUGACUGCGACGCAUGAUGCGAAGUUCUUCUUAGAUGAAGCAGCGCGAUUAGGAAAUCCUCUUCGGAAGGAUGUGAGAGGCAAUCCAUUGAACCAUGGUGAUGCCCUCACAGCCACGCAUCCGGUUAUUCGCACGAACCCCGUAACCGGCUGGAAAUCAGUAUACGUGAAUAAGGGAUUCACGAAACGCAUCAACGGCGUCACGAAGGACGAAUCCGAUCUCAUUUUACCGUACUUGUUCAAUCUUGUGACGCAGAACCACGAUGCGCAGCACGUGGCAUUGCGCAACGUACGAUUACGAAGAGGCCCGAGCGGGCGAUCGGGUCUGUAG